AUGAUCGAUAUCCUUUCCAGUAAUUUUUCAUCUACCACUACAACUGCAGUAGCAUCUACCACUACAACUGCAGUAGCGUCUACUACUACAAGUGAAGGCUAUGCUCCUCAGGUCUCACCUACUUUUCCAAACUUAACUAUUGCCACUGGUGUGGUUACUUCUUAUGAUGGUAAAAACAAGAAUAUCGAUACUUCUAAAAAGUUAUCUAAAAAAACAUUGGAUCUUACUAAAUACCCUACGCCAUGGACUUCCCCUGAUACUAAUCAUCCUGAGGUGCAGGAUGCCAUCAAGAAGAUUAACUGGGAUCUAGUUCCAAAAAUUUCUGUUCGCACAACCAACUCUAAUGGCAGUUUUAACGUUGAAGAUUAUGACAUGAAUAAGGAUCCUGACUGUUGGUGGUCAGUUACUAACUGUCUUCAUCCCAAGGUCAAAUAUAUACCUGAUGAUAUCUAUACUUGUCCAACAAAAGGUCAAUGGGGUCUUACCUAUGAUGACGGACCAUUCAAUUUACGUAGCAAGAAAGACAAAUAUGCCAAAAAAGAAAAUAAAUAUGCUGAACCUGUCCUUUAUAACUUUUUAGCUAAGGAAGGUGUGAAAAGCAAUCUUUUUUAUAUUGGCUCUAAUGUUGUGACUUAUCCGGCUGCUGCAAAGAGAGCUUUGAAUGAUGGACAUUAUAUCUGUGUUCAUACUUGGUCUCAUCCCACUAUGACAACUCAGUCAAAUGAAAAAGUAGUUGCCGAACUUUACUGGACUCUCCGAGCUAUUAAGGAAGCCACUGGUGUCACUCCUAAAUGCUGGAGACCUCCUCAAGGUGAUGUGGAUGACCGUGUUAGAUCAAUUGCUUGGCAGAUGGGUCUUCGUACAGUCAUUUGGGAUAAAGAUUCAGUUGAUUGGGAUAUAGCCGUUGCUGGCGGUGGUAACCUUAAGCCCUCCCAGGUUAGUGCCAAAUUUAAGAAAUGGAUCAAGCACGCUAAAAGUGGCAAAAACAAUAAUGGCACGAUCGUCUUAGAACAUGAGUUGAGCAGUGCAACAGUAAAAAUGACUCAAAAAUGGCUUCCAAAGAUUAAGAAAGUAUUCAAGGUACUUCCUGCUUUGGCAUGUAACAAUAUCACACAACCUUAUUGGGAGACGAGCUUUAACUAUCCCUUAGAUUAUUAA